AUGGCUUCCAAAGAACAAGACCAGCGGGCCAAGAUAUCGCUAACGGGAUCCUCGCAGCCUAGCAGUUUGCGCUCAAUCAUUGCGGGCUCGACGGCCGGAGCGAUCGAGGUUGUUGCAAAGACACGCACUCAGCUCAACCGCCGAUUGCCUGAUGGCAAGAAGCUUCCUUGGCCGCCGUUUGGUGCUCAGUGGUAUGCUGGAUGUACGACAUUGAUUAUCGGCAAUUCCUUGAAGGCCGGAAUACGAUUCGUGGCGUUCGAUAAAUUCAAGGCCCUACUUCAGGAUGAAAAUGGCCAUAUCUCUGGCCCUAUGACCGUUAUUGCGGGCUUCGGAGCUGGUUUUACAGAGUCUAUCCUUGCCGUGACGCCGUUUGAGAGCAUAAAAACCCAGCUUAUCGACGACCGCAAAGCCGCCAACCCGCGAAUGCACGGGUUCCUCCAUGGAAGCAAAAUCAUUGCCCAAGAACGUGGUAUCCGGGGAUUCUUCCAGGGACUUGUGCCCACUACCGCACGCCAGGCCGCGAACUCGGCUGUCAGGUUCUCAAGUUAUACUACCUUGAAGCAGUUUGCGCAGGGCUAUGUCGCACCCGGCGAGAAGCUGGGUACCGCUAGCACUUUUGCCAUUGGAGGCGUUGCCGGGUUGAUCACAGUAUAUGCAACGCAACCGCUUGACACGAUAAAGACAAGAAUGCAAUCCCUGGAAGCAAGCAAGAACUAUAAAAACAGCUUUGUCUGUGCUGCAAAGAUAGUGAAGAAUGAAGGAGUCUUCACUCUCUGGUCUGGAGCUCUGCCACGUCUUGCGCGCUUGAUUCUCAGUGGAGGAAUCGUUUUCACAAUCUUGAUGAAUGGUUACGAUGCUAACAAUGAAUUGCAAAUCAAAAGGUACGAGAAAACGAUGGAAGCCUUGGAUACAGUGGACCCGGAACGAAAAUACAUUUGA